UUUGAUUCAAUUUGUUAAUUUUAAAUCUUCAUUUUUAUUUUUGUAAAAUGUGUGAUUAUGAUUUACAAAGCGAUUUCGAUAUAAAAGGAUUGUGCCUCAUCGACGUUACGGCCGAAGACGAUUGCCUCAUCGAUACGCCUUUCCUUGAUACUCUCUCAGGUGGAGAAUUGGAGGAAGACGAGACAAAAGGAAAUGGAAGAAAAAAAUUACACAAAAGUAUGACAUGGGAUAGCUCUUUCUUUAGUAGUGCAGCUUUUCUUGAGCCAGAGGAGUUCUCCAGUCGAGAGUAUGUGAACAGAUCUCCUGAUUCGUCUACAAUGUCACCGUCUAAGCGAGAACAUCUCGAGGCUGAUUUUGAUGAGGAUAAUGGAGCUUCAAUCCAGAAAUCUAACAGUGUGUCCGACAAUGCAGUUUACAAGGAAUUGGAAAGAAAAGAUUCUCGGAUUGUGUCAUCUUCAAAGAGGUUAGAAUACUCUAAUCCCGACAAGGUGAAGCAGAAAGCUGCCCCUAAGAAGCCAAAUAAAGCUACGAAAGAUCCUGGUAAGACAAUGAAGCAGGCUUCUGCCCGACCACAAACUUCUCAGGCAUGUAUUCUGCGUAUUAACAUUCAAUUACUGCUACUGUUGAAUAUGCUUUACCACGAAAGAGCGGUAUCAACUCCAUCUCUUCGUAAGCCACUGAAUGUACUGGCCAGGAGGGCUUCCUUGGGUGCUAAGGAUUUCAUAAUGGAAAAGGAUGCAAAAAGUCCGACUGGUAGAGGGACCACAAUAUCAAAGACUCCUGCUAUGGAUGGUUCAAGAAAUAUUUUGCCUAGGACUCCACGAUCUUCCAGAUCUUCUACCCUAUCUUCUUCAUCUAAUUCUUCCAUGGAUAUGAUUAAACAAAAUAAUAACUCCGACUUAGUUAACUCAUCUUCCUCCAGUUACACGUCCACCAAUGCAUCCAAAAGUGCAGCCAAAGGUAAACGUCGAACAGGACAUUCAACACUCUCAACUUCGUUGAAGUCUCCUACCAAGCUCCAUUCCAGUAUAUCGAUUGCUAGUAGCUCAUCCGGUGAAUGGUCCUCGGAGGGAUCGUUGUCAUCACCAACCUCCAAUGCUAAUAAAAGGUCUAAUGUCGUAAGAGUUAGUCUUGGCUCUAGCUCUCUAAAGGGACUCGUUACAGAAAGUGAUGCCCAACAAGUUUCAGAUUUGCGUCAUACACAUCAGCCCUCACUGGGAGAUGGUGAUGAGGUUACUGGUUCAGUGGAUGAAAGUGAAAGCAAAGCUUCAGAUGGAAGAACCUGGCUUCUUCAUCAAGCUGCAAUAAAACCCUCAGGCCUUCGACCUCCAUCACCAAAGCUUGCCUUUUCCAAUGGGGUUCGGUUAUCCAGACACAAUCGAACACGAAGUGUACCCUCCUUCCCAGCUGCACUUAUUGGCAUGCCUAAAAUUGAAGAAAAAAGCACUAAUCCAAGUGAUGGCUCAAACAAGGCAUCUCCUAGAGCUCUUCAAAGAUCAACAACUAUUGCAACAAAGGCACAAAGUGCUUCAAGAAACCCAAAAAUAAGCCCUGGCAUGUCCCUUAAACUUCAUAAUAAACUCUCCCAAAAAACUAGCAGAGAAAGUUACUCAAAGGCUCAGGGCAUUCGUUCUGCAGAAAAACCCAUUGGUUCCGAUUUGCCAAAGCUUGUUGUGAAAGUAGGAGGCAAGGAUGGCUCUCGAAUUAAAGAUACCAAGGUCGUUCCUCUUGCAGUACCAGAGUACUGA